AUGGACGCAGUAUUAAUUGGUGCAAUAGCUGGAGCAACUACAUUUCUUAUUAAAAACCUAUUUGAUUUAGCAAAAACAAGAUCGCAAACUUAAGGAGAAUUUGUUGCUGAAGGUUACUAUAAGAGAGCUUACUCUGGAGUGAUAAAUACAUUAAUAAAGACAUCUACAUCUGAAGGGAUCUUAGAUAUAUAAAAUUAAUGA